GCAGAGGCUGCGGGGGGGGGGGAAGGUCGGAAGGGGAUGAAGGCCGCGGCCUCCCCCCCGCGGAACUACAGCUCCCAGCCCACCCCGCGCCGUCCCCAUGGCGACGGGCAGCCGGGCCCGGCCGGCGGGGAGCGAUGCCCAAGGCCGGCGACACGCUGUGGGACAUCGCGCUAGCUGAGGUGGAGAAGAGAGAAAGCCCCGACGGCGAUGGCAAGCGCGUGGAAGUUUGGGAGAAGUCGGUGCUGUUUGUGGGGAGCAAAAGCGGGCAUUUACCUGAAAAGUAAAUCAGAAGAUACUUGCCUUUUUGACCAAGGAAAGACCACUAUUAUACUGAGGUGUCUUGAGAGGGAAGAGAUUCCAAAGCCCACAUUAGCUUUGGAGUAUACCUUUGGAAGAAGGGCAAGGAGACACAAUGCACCCAAAGAUAUAGCUCACUUUUGGGAACUAGGUGGUGGAACCUCAUUACAAGAACUGAUUCGAAUACCAAUCACUAGCAACAACAUAAGGUCGUUUGCUGUAGUUCUUGUAUUGGAUCUGUCCAAACCUAAUGAGCUCUGGACUACCAUGGAGAAUCUUUUGCAGGCCAUCAGGGACCACGUGAAUAAAAUUUUAGCCAAACUGGAAAAAACAAAUCCUGAAGUAGCUACUGAAAUUAAACAGGGGAUGCGGAACAGUCUGCAGAAGGAUCAUCCAGAUUACGAGUUGGUUGACCCUUUUCCAAUACCCUUGGUGAUUAUUGGAAGCAAAUACGAUAUUUUUCAUGAGUUUGACUCUGAAAUGAGGAAAACAGUAAGCAAGACACUUCGAUUUAUUUCGCAUUAUUAUGGAGCAUCAUUGGUGUUUACCAGUAAAUCUGAGGCUCUCCAGCUGAAAGCCCGUGUUCUUAUUAAUCACUUGGCAUUUGGCUAUGAGAGAAGCAAGUCUGUAUCAGUGGAUCACAGCAAACCUCUAUUUAUACCAGCAGGCCUGGAUUCCCUGAGCCAAAUAGGACCACCACCCACCUCUGAUAGCGAUAUUGGAAAGAUGCGUGCAAACACUCCUUUGGAACUGUGGAAAAAAGUAUUUGAGAAGACCUUUCCUCCCAAGAGUUUCUAUGAUUUACAAGCUACCAAAGACCCUGGACAGGAUUCACAAUAUGCAGAGCAUGAAGUUGAUGUCAUGAGAGCUCAGAAAAAACAGGAGCUUGAACAAUACAAAAGAAAUGCCUCUAAAUCCUGGAAAGAAAUGGAUUUUGACCCUGAUUGAUGAACUGCUAAAGUAAUUCACAGAGUGCUUCCAAGAUGGGAUUUAGAACUUGAUAAUGAGAAGAACGAACAGAUAUAAAUAACAGCUGUCUUCUGUGAUCUACCAUCAUUUGUACAACUAAAACAUGUUCGGUAACUUUUAUGUUUGUUAAAGAUCAUAAAGAUUAUUGUACUCAGUGGUGGCAUGGUUGGACAGUAUGCAUAAGAUUAAAGUGAAAUGAUUUCUUGAUUCUGUCAUUA